AUGUCAUCGAAUCCGUACAAGAUUACAUCCAACGACAACGACGACAACAACUCCAGCUCGCCUUACGCGGGCAGAACUACUUCAUCGCCCCGCUCGACAAGACCUAAUGAAGAUGGAUACGACGGCAAUUUCCCCAACCAUGACUACAACCAAGAUACAUUUUUAUCGCGUAUAUUUGGACUAAACUCAAUCUAUAACCAAUUGCAAGACAAUUAUCAGUACUACGACCCCGAGUACGACAGUGCGUACCAUCAAAACUUGCUUAGGCUGAGCUUGAAAGAUGCCGAAGACGAAGAGACAUUUGGCGUGCCUGUUGGUGAUCACGCCAAUUUAGCUGCUGAAGACGGGUUGGAAGAUGAUGGCAAACUCAUGCCCGGGGACGGAAUCCAGUUGAAACCAGUGGCGAAUGCUCUGCAGUCGCGCAAGCUGAAGAUGGAUGUCAACUCAAACAGCUUGCUUGAUUCGGAAUCAGACUCUGAUCUUUCUUCCAGUUCGGAUUCGUAUAUCAAACCGGCUCGACCACGUCCCAAGGGUGAAGCUCCCAUAGUCGAACAGGCCCAAAGCGAGCAGCCUCGUCUUGUUCAAGCCAAGCAGGAACUCGCGUCUAAUGAUGCCAAGUCUCGACCGAGCAUCAAGUUCCAAAUCCCACAACGGGCAAAGUCGAUAGUUGGCAAAUUCAAAGAGCCGACAUUGCCUCUAUAUAGUCAACCACCACAAUCACAAUCACAACCACAACCCCAACCUCAUCGAAAGCCACAACAAAAGCCAUACGCCAAUACAAAUUACAAACCCUCGGCGCGUCCCAGGUCUGCUCGAUUAGUGAUUCCGCCUAGAGAACGUGCGCUUUAUCUUUGGGCCAAUAUAACCAAUAUGGAUGAGUUUUUGGGUGACGUGUACUACUACUAUAGAGAGCGCGGGUUGGUGAAUAUCGUGCUAACAAGGAUUGUCGAUUUGUUGAUUCUAGUAUUUAUUAUAAAUUUCACGAUUUUCCUCCGGUGGGGCAUCGACUAUUCCAAGUUUUUGGAAAAUUACCAUGAAGAACAGCAUCUUGUGCUAUCUGAUUUAGUAGUUGCCAACUAUUUCAGCCAAGUGCCGUUUUUCAUUAAUUUUUUGUUUUUCGGAUUCUCGGUGUAUGUGAUAUUACGGUCUAUUCAGCUAUAUUUUGACUACAAUUACAAGCUUAAAGAGAUUAAGAACUUUUACCGGUACUUGUUGGACGUUGGAGACACGGAGUUGAUGACCAUCAGUUGGAAGACAAUUGUUGAGAAAUUGAUGCUACUCAAGGACUACAACAGUCUCACGUCUACUCAGCCAAUUGAAAACCACUACAUCAAUGACUUGUCGUCCAAGAUUAGAUUAAACGCACACGAUAUUGCCAAUCGGAUUAUGAGACGUGAAAACUACAUGAUUGCCUUGAUAAACAAAGAUAUCUUAGAUCUCUCUGUUUUAUUCAUGAAUGAGAAAUCCGUGCUCACAAAGACAUUAGAGUGGAACUUGAAGCUAUGCAUUGACAACUUCGUCUUCAACAAACAAGGCCAAAUCAAUGGCAGUAUCCUCAAGGAGUACAAUCGAAAUCAACUAGCGCGAGAGCUCAAGUCGAGGUUCAAACUCGCAGCAAUGAUAAAUGUGGUGUUGUGCCCAUUCAUAGUCAUUUACUUUGUCCUCCGCUCAUUUUUCAAGUAUUUCAACGAGUACAAAUCAAACCCUAGCUCGAUUGUGGGAUUGAGGCAAUACACGCCGUUUGCUCAUUGGAAAUUGAGAGAAUUCAACGAGUUGCCCCAUUUCUUUAGUAAAAGGUUGCAAUUAUCCCAGGGCCCAGCUAACACAUAUAUUGAUCAAUUCCCCAAGGGUUUUUUUGUAUUGAAUGGCAUGAAGUUGGUCAAUUUCAUAUCUGGCUCAAUUUUGGCGAUUUUGGUCAUCUUUGGUAUAUUUUUGGAGAAUGAGCUGCAUUCGUUUUGGUCAUUUGAGAUAACCGAAGGUAGGUCUACCUUGUUUUAUAUUAGUAUAUUUGGUACCUUGUGGGCAGUGACCUCGUCAUCAGGCACACCGGACACACAACAACAACUGCAGCUGAAUUACAACCACAAUACUUUUGCCUAUGACCCCGAGGCCAACAUCAAAUUCGUUUCCCAGUUUACGCAUUACUUGCCAAGCUCUUGGAAUAAGAAACUCCACACGAUCCAAGUCAAGAAUGAAUUUUGCGAACUUUACUCGUUGAAGAUCAUCAUUAUCCUCAACGAAAUCAUGAGCUUGAUCUUGACGCCCUUUAUCCUCUGGUUCAAAGUAUCGAGAAAUAGUGGCGCUAUUGUUGAUUUUUUCCGUGAAUAUAGUAUACACGUUGACGGGUUAGGCUAUGUGUGUUAUUUCGCCAUGUUUAAUUUUGAAGAAAAGGACAAGAACAUGAUGCAUGGAGGAAGCAGCAAGCGGAAGAAUAAAAAACUCAGUCGGUCCAAUAAACUUCAAGCUAAGUCUCAAUCUAAUUCAAAAACCAAUGCCAAUGCUAAGGCUAAGGCUAAAAUUUCCAAGAGUGAUCUGGAACAUAGUGGCGACGAAGCAGCCAAUGUCGUGCCACCAACGACAAGUGUAAAGGCCAACAAUGGACGCGUCAAUGCAAUUGAUCUAAUAUCGGAUGAUGAUGACGAUGACGACGAUGACGAUGGGUAUGACAGCGACCACUACGACGCACUCGAAUACUUCCAAAACGACGACAAGAUGAUGAAGUCGUACAUGUACUUUCUCAAAUCAUACGGCGGCAAAGGCAAUGCUGCUAGCGGCACUGGAGCUGCUGCACCGGGGUCAUCUUCAUCGGCACGAAGACCAAUUAAUCAAGCACCACCAGGCUCACACUCACUUUCACAGCACCAACAAUUGUCCAAAGUUAACCGCAAGAUGGACCCGUUUGCAAAUCACGACGGUGCCAAUGACGCCAUCAACUUUGACGAUAGCAGUCUCAUGUUCCCUGACAUUGACGACAAUCUCGGCGACGAUUCUGGGGUUGGCGAUAGAUCGAAACGGAAAGGCGGAGUCUUGGGCAUGUUGAACCAGUUUUACAAGCAGGAAGUUGGCCAGAAUGCCCGUGUAUAG